UUGUAAUGGCGGUCAAGGUGGCAACUAGAACGAUAGAAAUACAUAAAUAACUGGCCAUCUGUCCGUCAAAACAAGACCGAUAAAGAAAAGGAACAAAAACAUUACAAAACAAAAAUGAUGCAACAUGUUAUACAAGAUAAAUCUGACGAGACUAAGAAAGUUACAACCAUUGAAAUUCAACAAGAUCAGACUCCAUUAUCGGAUUCGGAGCCGUCUGUGGAAACUCAUCAAGGAUUGUUGUCUAAAGAGUCAAAUUUUGGACCAGAUAUGUCGGGUAGCGAAGAUGAUGAGGCAUCUGAGGUUGAUUCCUUUUUUUUGGAAGAAGCUGAACUUAAAGAAGGAGAAUAUGUUCCUGAACAAUCAAAAUACUUAUUACCUGCUGAGAGUAUAGAUACGCAACCACUGCGUACAGUUGAUCCUGAGACACAUGCCCGCCUAGAGGCUUUAUUGGAAGCUGCAGGCAUAAGUAAGUUAUCGUCCAAAGAUGGUAAAGCCUUGACUGAUCCUGAAGUGCUACGGACUUUAACUUCAUCUGUUAGCAGUGCACUAGACGAAGCUGCCCAAGCACUUCAUCGAAUGAGAGCCGAACAACAGAGUCACCUGUCUUCUAAUGAAUGUGCUCGUUCAUUAGCCGAUGCCUGUGGUGAAGAUGUAAAUAUACGCAAACUCUGUGACAGUACCAAUGUCCCUGAACCUACAGAAGAGGGCGAGAGUCUCCUAUCACUAGCCUGUUCUGCAGGAUAUUAUGAAUUGGCACAGGUUUUGUUGGCAAUGAAAGCCAAUGUGGAGGACCGUGGAAUCAAAGGAGAUUGUACACCAUUGAUGGAAGCAGCAAGUGGAGGCCAUGUUGAUAUAGUUAGACUUUUAAUCUCUCACGGCGCUGAUGUUGAUGCCCAAUCAUCUGCAGGCAACACACCUUUGCAUUAUGCAGCAUGUGGUGGAUUUACCGAAGUUGUACAGGAAAUAAUAAAAGCAAAUGCACGUGUAGAGGUGCAUAACGAGAAUGGCCAUACACCCCUGAUGGAAGCUGCGAGUGCUGGACAUGUAGAAGUAGCAAGAAUCCUGCUAGACAAUGGUGCUGGUAUAAACACCCACUCAAAUGAGUUCAAAGAGAGUGCAUUAACACUGGCCUGUUAUAAAGGUCACUUGGAGAUGGUGAAGUUUUUACUGGAGGCUGGAGCAGACCAGGAACACAAGACUGAUGAGAUGCACACUGCCCUAAUGGAAGCAUCCAUGGAUGGUCAUGUUGAGGUGGCCAGGUUGUUGCUAGAUAGUGGGGCUCAGGUGAACAUGCCAGCUGAUAGUUUUGAAUCUCCACUAACCCUAGCUGCUUGCGGUGGCCAUGUUGACCUAGCUAGUCUUUUGAUUGAGCGUGGAGCUAACAUUGAGGAAGUUAAUGAUGAGGGUUAUACACCUUUGAUGGAAGCUGCCAGAGAAGGCCAUGAUGAAAUGGUUGUACUCUUGCUGUCUCAUAAUGCAUAUAUCAAUGGCCAGACUGAAGAAACCCAAGAGACUGCGCUAACUCUUGCAUGUUGUGGUGGAUUUCUUGAAGUAGCAGAUUUCCUCAUCCAGGCGGGAGCUGACAUUGAGCUUGGUUGUAGCACACCUUUAAUGGAAGCAGCACAGGAAGGACAUCUUGAGUUAGUCAACUAUCUGCUCAAGUCAAAAGCCAAAGUUCAUGCACAGACUGGUACUGGUGAUACUGCACUAACAUAUGCAUGUGAGAAUGGACACACAGAUGUUGCAGAGAUAUUAUUGGAGCAUGGAGCAGAUUUGGAGCAUGAAUCCGAGGGAGGACGAACACCCUUGAUGAAAGCUGCUAGAGCUGGACAUUUAUGUACUGUACAGUUUCUUAUUAGAAAAGGUGCUGAUGUUAACAGAGCCACUACAACCAAUGAUCACACAGUAUUGUCUCUGGCGUGUGCUGGAGGCCACUUAGCUGUUGUGGAACUACUGCUGGCUCAUGCAUCUGAUUCUAGCCACAAACUGAAGGAUGGAUCCACAAUGGUGAUAGAAGCUGCUAAAGGAGGGCAUACCCCGGUUGUGAAACUCUUACUUGAGUGGCCAAACCAUCACCUUGUCAACUCACCAGAACAUGUCCAGCUAUCUGCUAAUGAAACCACUGCAGAUGAGCCAAGAGUUCCAGUACAAGGUUUGGCCAACAUCGUUCCUCCCAGUGAGCCAGAUUCUCAACUUCCAAAGACCAAUUUUACACCAAAUUUUUCAGGGAAAAAUCCAGAACAAGUUCGUCAAAAUAUCCAAAAGUCGCUUGCCAAAAGAUGCCUCAGUGGGCAAGGUGAGGGAAAGCUUGCUAAACUAACCAACACUCUGAUAGCAGAAGGUCUGCCCAGCCACGAUGGCAGUUUCCUUGCAGAACUGGGGGAUGAGAAGGCCACAGAAAAAGUGGAAGCCAUUAUUAACAACAUCAUGGCAAAGGAACUGAUAAACACAACGACUGCUUCGAAAGAGGAACAGAUUCUAAGAAAGCAGCAAAUUCUUGAAGAGCUGCAGAAGGUGGAGCGAGAGCUACAGGAAAAAGCUCAGGCUCAGCUUCUUUUGAGUGCUCAACAGCAAUUGGAACAACAUCAGCAGCAGCUGCUUGCGCAAACAGCAGCCGCAAAGGCAAAGAACGUGUCACAGGGUAAAUGUCAGACUGAUGAAGGCAAGAAGAAAGUGGACAGCAGUUCUAGUCAACUACAGAACCUGUUGGAUUUUGAGGUAGCCCCAGGUUUGCAAAUUACCAAUGAUUUAACAUCCCAGCUGCCAAAGGAAUUGACAGCCAUUACUCAGUCUCUACUGCCACACUACACUGAGGCUUUCCUGCGACAGAAUAAUAUGCUGAACCAGAACAAUGGGGCAAUGUCAGCUGUACAAGAAAGAACUGUUCCCACAGGUUCCCAACCUCAAGAUGUUAUGCAGUCGACCGUUACCUCACAGAUGACCGUGGAAUUGGCGCAGCGACAACAGCUGCAGGUCCUGGCUCAACCGCAUCUGUCGCCCCUGGCACCCUACCACAUGCCGUUGACAACCCAGCAACAGGAGCAGCUGAUUCAACACAUGCUGAGUCAGCAAGCCCACCAGCAGCAACUGCUCACCAGCCAGCAGUUCAGCCAGUCUCUGUCCCAGCAGGCGCUGCAGCUUCACACACUUCCACAGCAGCAACAACAAGCGCUACAGGUGCAAGCCCAACAAUUGCUCUCUCAACAACAACAGCAGCAGUUGCUGUCUCAACAACAGCAGCAGCAGUUACUGCAGCAGCAGCAACAGGCACAGCAUUUACAACAGCAGCUAAACAAACUGAAACAACCGGCCAAUUCCAACAACAAGCAACCUCGCAAGCUACGUCCCAAUCAAAAUCCAGCAGAUGAAGUGGUCACUCCACCAAACGCCCUAGCACCAACCUCCCCUCCACCUUCGACUCCUGUGACACCAAAUCCAUCACCAGCCUCUCCCCAGAGCUCUACGCCUCUUUACUCGUCGGUUGAUGUAGAUGCCGAAACUGAGAGCAAUCAUGAUACUGCCUUGACCUUGGCGUGUGCUGGUGGUCACACUGAGCUUGUCAGUCUGUUGUUGUCGAAAGGAUCAGACAUUGAACAUAGAGAUAAGAAAGGUUUCACACCACUGAUCCUUGCUGCCACAGCAGGCCAUGUCGAUGUUGUUGAAAUCCUGCUUGACAAUACUGCAGAUAUUGAAGCCCAGUCCGAAAGAACAAAAGAUACUCCACUGUCUCUUGCUUGUUCUGGUGGAAGAUAUGAGGUGGUUGAAUUACUGUUGGCAAAGGGAGCUAACAAAGAGCACCGCAAUGUGUCUGACUACACUCCACUGAGUCUGGCUGCAUCAGGGGGAUAUGUCAACAUUAUCAAGCUGCUGUUGUCUCAUGGAGCGGAAAUCAAUUCCAGGACAGGCAGUAAGUUGGGUAUUUCACCACUUAUGUUGGCUGCUAUGAAUGGUCACACUGCAGCAGUGAAAUUACUUCUGGACAUGGGCAGUGACAUCAAUGCUCAGAUAGAAACCAACAGAAACACUGCUUUGACAUUGGCCUGUUUUCAGGGGCGGCAUGAAGUUGUCAGCUUACUGGUAGACAGGAAAGCAAAUAUUGAACACCGGGCCAAGACUGGGUUAACACCACUAAUGGAGGCUGCAUCUGGAGGUUACGUUGAGGUUGGUCGUGUUCUCUUAGAACGAGGAGCAGAUGUGAAUGCUCCGCCAGUUCCAUCGUCUCGAGAUACUGCACUCACUAUCGCUGCAGAUAAAGGCCAUUACAGAUUUGUUGAGUUACUGCUUAACAGGGGAGCAUCAGUUGAUGUGAAGAACAAGAAGGGCAAUUCUCCACUCUGGCUUGCAUGUAAUGGUGGGCACCUUGAUGUAGUGCAACUUCUAGUGUCAGCAGGUGCAGACAUCGACAGUCAGGACAACCGUAAAGUCUCUUGCUUGAUGGCUGCCUUUCGGAAGGGUCAUGUCAAGGUUGUCAAAUGGAUGGUGAAACAUGUCAGUCAGUUUCCGUCGGAUACAGAACUCCAGCGCUACAUUGCCACUGUUAAUGAUAAGGAGCUACAAAAGAAAUGUCAGCAGUGCAUGGAGACUAUUGUGACAGCCAAGGAUCGACAAGCAGCAGAGGCAAACAAGAAUGCUACAAUCCUGUUGGAGGAGAUUGACAAGGAAAGGCAGGUGGAGGAAAACCGGAAGGCUCAAGCUGCCAAGAAACGAGAACGCCGCAAGAGAAAACGAAAGGAGAAACUAGAGAAAGAAAAGGAAACAAGCAGUAAGAAUUCUUCCCCAGAGCCAGAAAGUGCUGAAGUUGUUGAAUACAAUGAAGUCGAGGAACUUAUUCGAGAGGAAUUACCACCACCUCCUCCAAUCAUUGAAAUAAAAACUGAUAUAAUUCCAACCAAUCAAGAACCAAAACCUCCACGAAACAAACCAAACAAGAAUGUGUCCUCGGCAGUCAGUUCCAAUAGUCUGGAAUCUAAGAAGAACAGGAAGAACCGCAGUCGUGAUCAGGACAGGGACACACCACCCUCUGAUAUAGGUUCUCCCCGCGUGCCAGUCAUUGUUUGCAAUGUGACAACUGUCGUAACACCAGUAAUCACUACCAGCACUGUCACAGUUGUGGUCAGUCCCACGUUCCACGGGCACAGCAAUCACCAUCGAGAACGAAACAGAGAGCGCAAUGAGAAUCGGAAAAAGAAGAAUGAUUUCUUACUAAAACCAGUCAGCACAACAGCCAUUGGAGAUCUUGAUGAAUUUGGGACUAUUCCCGAUAAUAUGAAGAUGUCUGAAAAGGAAAUUCAGAAGCUUACAAAGAGUGUGGAGAAAAAGAAAAUGAAUAACGUGCAACAUCCAUCAGCAUUGUCAAGCACUGAGAAAGUGAGUGUUGUUGAGACGUCCCCCAAUACUCUUUCACUGAAAGGCUCAGCAGUUGUCGCAAGUCCAAAACGUGGUGCAAAGAAAGAAGAGGGCUGGAAGGAAGUAGUCAGAAAGCAUUCUGUUUCCACACCCAGGUCAAAGCGAGUGCUUGUGCCAUCAGGUGCCAUAAGUCGAGUGAUAGGUCGCGGAGGUUGCAAUAUCAAUGCCAUCAGAGAAGUGUCAGGAGCGCAUGUUGAGGUGGAGAAGCCAAAAGGAUCUGGGGAUAGAACCAUCACCAUUAAAGGAUCAGCUGAAAGCACUAAACAAGCACAGGCUUUGAUCAUGGCACUAGUUCAAGAACCAGACAAGGAACUAACAGAAAUCAUUGCUCGUGGCAAGGCAAAACCACCAGAGAAGGCUCCUUCUGUUGUCACCAUCGGGGAUUUUGCAAUUGGAACUUUCAGUGUGACUUCUCCAGGAUCGAAUGACCCCGUGCCAUCUCAAGUAUACUCACAAAGUGGAUCUUCUAACAAAUCGUCCAAAAAUUCGGGUAGCAGCCGAGCUUCAGGUUCCAGUCAAGUGUCCAACAGUGCUAAAUCUUCCGGAGCUAAUGGAAUAUCACAUUCGAUGAUCUGGCAGAACCCUCACCCGAGUCAGGCUGCACCAUCGUCACCAAGACGAAGUCCUCAGAAACAGUUGGCUUCAUCUAAUCAAGGCCAAACUGGUUCUCCUGUGCCAGGGAUCUGUGAAAAGAAUGUUCCCCGACAGCUGUUUCCAGAUAGACGGAACUCAACAUCUCCUGUUGCCACAUUCACCAACACAACAGUAUCCUACAGCAGUUCAUCAACUACCAUGAAAAUAAUAUCUACAAGUGCUACACUUACAACUGGGCGAGGUGUGUCUCAGUCAUCAGCCAAACAGACAAAGAACUCUGUACCAGGAAGCAUAAAAGUUCUCCAGCGACCUCAGACUGCUGCUGCUAAAUCUGACCCUCAACCUCUUCCUAUUGUUACCAAUCAUGUGAACAGCAUGAACACUAUCAAUCAGUUGACUUCGCCAUCAGUGUCGACCCCUGGGGAUUACUCUCCUUUUAAGAAUUUUUUCAAUAGUACAUACAUUUUGAGCAAGAAAGAGGAGAGUACUGACAAGAUGAAUUUUGCCAGUGUUGCUGCUGCAGGUGUUGUAUCAACUCUGGCCACUUCUCAUACAGUCACCACAGUUGCUGGGGCAUUAUCCACAAUAGAGAACAAAAUCGAUCCAGCAUUGCAGGCAAAAGCUCCAGGCUACAAACCAGGUCGAACAGCAUCGCCACAAUUUCGACAGGACCAGGAGUCUGGAAAAGCUGGAUUCCGAAACUUCCAACUGCCAUUACAGAAUGAGACUGACAUGGCCUGCACACCUGGUUAUCGCGGUAGCAUACCAGGUAUGUCACCAAGAUCAAACCCGUCUACUCCAAGUGGUUUAUCGCCACGCAGUCAGACAAUGACACCCUUAGACUUAAGCCAGCAUUCACUUUCCUUGUCUUCUGCAUCUAGUCAAAAAGACGAAUACAGUAUGCCAAAUCAGCCAAUGACACUGCCUGAGAUAAAAAGCACACUUAAUCCGAAUGCUCCAGACUUCCAGUUGGCUGCCUCCAACAUGGGACCGAUGAUCAAUGGUGUACCAGUUGGAAUGCCACUCAACUUUCCUCCCUCCCAAUCACUGAGUGGACUCCCCCCGGCAGCGUUACAAGCCCUGCAACAGCAGCUGUUCAAUGCACAACAGCAGCUCAUGAAUCCAUCAAACUUCAACAGCAUACCACCACAGCCAGGGAACUUCAUUCCGCCAACUGGUAUGAACCAGUCUGAGACCAACUUCAACAUGAUGCAGCAGAUGGCAUCUCAAUUGAGUCAGCAGAUGGCUGCCCAAGGAAUGCAAGGUCCUAGUGUGGGACCCAUUCAAAGCCCAGGUCAGAGUCCAAAUCCUAAUUCAGUACCAGGCUUUCCUCAGAUGAUGUCCAGGAAUCUUUCACCUAUGCCACCUCAUCCACGACCGAAUAGUGCUCCAUCUAUGUCGGUUAUGCAAGCAGAUGGCCCUGGUCCAAUAGGUCCUCCUCCUAAGGCUCCCUCACCAAUGCCUCCAUGUACUCCACCUCUGAAUGAUUCUAAAAGUAUCAUUGACGAUCGACGGGUCCCAAGGCCGAUAGGAGGUGAGCGAUCACAACGAAAGGCUCCUGGCCCCCCCGCUGCGAAUAUUGCUACUGUCAGGGAGUACAAUAAAAUGUGGGUAUUAAAUGCAGAGAUGAACAGUGAAUGGACACCGACCACAUCCCCACUGAUGUCAUCGGCUCCCAUUCAAGCAUCGGUGAUAACCUCAUCUGUGAUAACUGGAGGGAACAUGGCCUAUGAUGUGAACUCUGCUCAGGAUGUUGACUGCCCACCUACAGAUAACCCAAAUGGCAAUUCGUUCUCAGAUAGUCUCCCAGUAGAUCCCACUACAGAACAGAAUUUCCAGAAUGCACCUGUGAUGAUACCAAUGUUCCCAAAUGGUGUUCCUGGUCAUUAUCCCGUACCUCCCAUGUUCAACCCACGAGUAGGUGGCGACAAUAUACCAAGUAUGUGGAACUCAAGCAUGAAACAACCCCCACCAACUGAGACAGUUGAGGCGGGAAACACCUGGGCAUGGAGCAAGCAAGCUGACAUUUGACUAUCUACGUGUAGUAGAAACGGCAUUACUUAAUCCAGUCAGCAUCUUAGUCCACUUGGAACCCCUUGCUCUAGCUGUGGAGGCUUACCAUGGUGAUGUGCUGUUACUGACUGAAUGAUUCAUUGUGCUUGGUGUCUUUUCUGCAAUUGCCCAUCUUAGCUUUCCUUAUUAAUAAUAGAAAAAGAAAAAAUUGUAAAGAACAUAAAAUAAAUUGUCAAAUGAA